AUGGCGGGUGCAUUUUUGUUUGUUGUUUCAGGCUGGCAGCCUCGCUGGUUUGUACUGGUGGGAGGAACUUUAUCAUAUUACGAUUCCCAAGAAGAUGCUUGGAAAGGGUGCAAAGGGAGUAUUAAAAUGUCAGUGUGUGAAAUACAAGUCCAUUCCUCAGACAAUACGCGGAUGGACCUGAUUAUUCCAGGAGAGCAGUAUUUCUACCUGAAAGCAAUAAAGCCAAUGGGAAGAUCAAAUGACAUGUUUUUCUACCUUCACUUAGAGCUGCAUGAAAACACAGAGGCACUGAAAACCAAGAUGUCUGAACUGCGGUUCUACUGUGAUCUUCUUCAACAAGUUCAUAAAAUCAAAAGAGAGUUCUCCGCCUGCAGUAUCUGUCAGGAGAACACUGGAACGGGGACCCUUGUGAAGUCUACCUGUGGCACUUUUCUGAAGACGCUAGAAGAAUGUAUGCAGAUUGCAAGCAAAACCUUUAACUCUGAGCUACUGCUCCAGACACCCCCAAGCUCUCCACCUGUGGCAGCUAUCAAACCAGACAAGGUCAAAUAUUGCAACCCAUCUAGCCACAGCAUCACAGAAAGAAAUAAAGAGUUGAAUGACAACUGUCGAAAGAAGCACCAUUAUGCAGCGUUUCACAAUGGAACUCCUGCGGCAGACAGCAUGCGAGGUGUGCAUGACGGCUGGGUGAAGGACUGUGACACUCAUCAACAGGAUGUGCAACAUGAGGAGGAGGAGGAGAACGUUGACACAUUCUUUAAUACCAUGGGCCACAGAUUUACUGAUAUCAAAUUGGAAGACGGCAGUUGUAUCCCAACUGAGCCAUUUUUGGAAUCUUGUUAUGCAACAGUCCCUGUAUUAGAUAAGCUUGUACCCACAGUGUUUGCUCCUGCUAAAAUAGAUUUUGUAGGUAACAUUAAGAAAAUCAAUCAGAAAUACAUUGGUGAUCCAGAGAAUUGCACAACUCUGGAAAGAUUUGAGUUUUUAGAUAAUGCUUAUGGGAAAACACUACGGCGGUACCAUGGCUGGGUUGUGCGAGGAGUCUUUGUUGCGAGUGACCAGAGAAAGGCGGGGUUUCCCAAGAGGAUGCACAGGGACAUUGAUGUUUACUUGCCAGCCAUGGAGCACCAGUUGGCAAUAGUAGAUGCCAUGUAUGAAGAAUACAGUCUAGAGUCUGAUGAGCUGGUACCCUGCCUUCUUCCUGCAACUGAGCCCCUGAAAAUGAUUGUGGUGAAGACCGGGGAUAUCCGCACUCCGGCCCUCUUGCGGGCCUCUCAGAGGGAUCUCACCCAGUUCUUCCUUGGUCCUGUAGAGCGUGGAGUUUCAACCAGUUCGGGCACAAGGUGGUACGCUGCUGCUUCCAGGAGGAAGAGCUGCUGCCCACCCAAAAGUGAAAGAGGAGGAGGGACGGCACUUCAUAGUGAAUUGCCCCCUCCAGGAGGAGGAGGAGCGGCUGGAAUACCUCACGCUGUGGUCAGCAAUGGCCACAACAUGUCCUGCGCCACCGCCAGCGUCGCCACUACCGGAGUGCCCAGUGCCAGCGCCACUGCUGGAGUGCCCCGUGCUGAUGUCGGCAUCACCGCUGCUAGUGCUACUGCCACGUCGAGAGCACCAAGUACCGUUGCCACGAAUGGAGUGCUCAGCGCCGCCGCAGGAGUACCCAAUGCCACUGCGCUGCCAGAGCGUCCACAGCCCAAGAGAGGGGAGCCCAAGCAUCCAGCACCCGAGAGGGGGGAGGCUGAGCAUCCAGCACCCGAGAGGGGGGGCUGA